UCAUCUGUCCUGCCUGGACUGCUGAAAGCGGCCGCAACGCCAUGUUGGCGAAGUCUCUCAUCUCUGUGAGAAAAAAAUGAUAGAAAACAUAAUUGCCGAGAAGAAAAGGUAGAUCGCCAAGGGAGGUCGAAGAUCGCGGCGAUUAUUUCGUUUGAAAGAAACGAACCGAGCCGGAUCCGCAGCGGUUCCGGACGGGCGAGGGAGGCUAAACCUCCCACCGUCCCCAUGAAUAGCACCGCUGAUCCGAACAGCGACUUUCCAUGAAAAAAGACGUUUGUGUUGCUAUUCGAGCUUCGUUAUCCCAGUUCGUUAAAGGGAUUUGGGGCCUGCUUCAAGAAUCUGCUAUCCUAGCUCUAUGAAUGCAAGCUAAGCGUUGUUUGUAUCCGUAUUUAUUAAGGUAUUGUUUUUAUUUGUUAAUUUUUUUGCGAUGAGUUUGCCACCGAAAGUGGUCCCUAAACCCGCCACUGUCGCAGUCAGCGGACCUGGAAGUGGCCCCUCUCCUUCAAGCCAACUGCGGGCUACCCUGACCUCCGUGUCUCUGCCGCCGGGAGCCCCAACAGCUCCUCAGCCUGGCGCUGUACCACCACCUCAAAUCUCUCGGGUUCAGCCAUCACUGGACGAGCGAAUCUUCCCCCCACAGCCUGGAGUCGCUGUCUACAGCGUACCCAGGCAUGCUGGCUCUCCUUACACUGCUCACGACAUUACAAAGGGACACCCGAACUUGGCGGGAACCCCGCCUGGUCAUGCCCAUUCUCCGGCGCUUUCUCAGGUAUCAGUACCCACAGCUUCCCCAUAUCGCUACCCUAAGGGCUGGGAGGCAGGCGGAGGGUCUCCAUACAACCCUGGGCAAAAUGCUGGCUCCGCUCCUUUAGUGUAUUCUGCCCAGACACAGCCAAUGAAUGCACAGCCACAGAGUCGCCCGUUUGCUACGGGCCCUCGACCAACCCACCAUCAGGGAGGAUUCAGGCCUAUCCAGUUUUUUCAGAGGACUCAGAUGCAGACUGCAAGACCCACCAUCCCGACAAACACACCCUCCAUACGGCCUGGCUCACAGACUCCCACAGCAGCUGUUUACCCCACAAAUCAACCAAUCAUGAUGACCAUGGCACCCAUGCCUUUCCCUUCGCCACAGGCUGCACAAUACUACAUCCCACAGUAUCGCCACAGCACGCCCUACGUGGGACCCCCGCAGCAGUAUUCUGUACAGCCUCCCGGGUCUGGCACCUUCUAUCCUGGUCCAGGACCAGGGGAGUACGCUGCCCCAUAUCAUCCCCUCAGGUACCACCCUCCUGUCUCACCCUCUGUCCCUGCUCCCGUCCCCACAGCUGGCCCCCCCUAUUACCCAGGACAGACACUGUACCCCCCCUCACCCCCUAUCAUAGUGCCUACACCACAGCAACCUCAACCAGCCAAGCGUGAGAAGAAAACAUCCUCCCAGAUCCGUAUCCGUGACCCCAAUCAGGGCGGCAGGGAUAUCACAGAGGAGAUCAUGGCAGGGGGCUCAGGGAGCAGGAAUUCAACGCCUCCUGUCGGUCCCCCCUCCACAACGCCUACACCACCACAGCAGCUGAGCAGCAGCCAGACUCCAGAGCAACAGCAGUCGCAACCUACGCCUCCACAGCAACAUCCUGGAAGCUACCCAUUAGAGUCACCGCAGAUACCGCAGCCACCACAGCCCCAACAGCCACAGCAGCCACUGAAAACUGGGGCUACAGACACAAAGCCAGGCCCAGAUAACAUGCCAAAAUUGGAGCCAGUUGUUCAGAAGUCUUCCUCAUCUGGAAUUGUGCAGGCUGAAGCACCCUUGGAGAAACUGGAGGCCACUACUCCUGUAUCUGAGCCCUCUGUCCCUGUUGAACCAGAGCUCCCCUUCCCUGCCUCACUGACCACCCCUGUCACUCUCCCGCUUUCAGGGGCUAACACCAGUGAACGCCUCUUGACCAGGGAGUCCACUGCUCCAGCCUCAUCUCCUUCCUCCUCCAUUGGGGAGAGCAAAACAUCUCUGAUAGCACCUCAGAUCCCCAGUACAGAAAAGCCUCUUUUAGACCCCCCACGAACUUUAGCUGCCUCUCCAUCGCUGGCUCCAAAAGCUUUGAAUGGCCUUGCAGACUCUGGGACUGAGCCUGAUUCUGCCGAUAACGAGCCUUCAAGUCUGCCUCCAGCUGUACUCCAUCCCCAGGCUUCUGUUCCCACUUACAGAGACGCAACCUCUUCUGAAACCUUACCCUCUGACAUGAGACCAGAGGUGCCAAUUGCUGCUGCACUCUCCCCUCUGGCACCUGUGGCUGUGGUUCCAGUUACCCUGACCCCAUCCUCCAUCCCAGCUAUGCCAGUUAUGCUCCCGCCAGGACUUCCGCCUCUAGUGCAGGCCACAACAGAGGCCGAUGAGCUGAGCAAGUCCUUAGAUGCUAAAGACCUCAACUUGAGAGGUACAGAGGCGCAAAGCAGCAUUUCUGAGAGCAAAACGGAGUCUCAGCAACAAGUACUUACCAGGAAGAUUCCCACUACAGUUAAUCAGACUUCUUCUGCUAUACCAAAGACCUGGAGAAAACCAAAUGAAGGGAUCUUUGCUGGAGACACACCUCAAAGGGAGGAUGAGGACGAUCCCAAGAUGGUGGAUCAGCCUGCUGGAGACCAGGCCCUGCAGUCAGCCUCUCAGAGCUGCAGCUCAGUGCCCCUGCCAUCAGUCUUCACCUCCACUGCUGCUCCUGCGCUUGCUCCCGCAAGUAGCCCAGAGGCCGACGGAAAGCCGGCUGCUCCAGAGGAAAAUGGUGAAGCGGAGUUGGAGCCCAUGAGAAACGGAGCAGGUCACAUUUCAGAGACGGAAAGCAGCGACAGUGGAGCAACCCCUGGAGAAAAGGAGAACUCGACAGGGCCUCCACAGGACAUUGAAGAUCUGACAGAUCCCAGUGGGAAGCGUCAGUAUAACAGAGACUUCCUAUUGGGCUUCCAGUUCAUGCCUGCAUGCAUACAGAAACCUGAAGGGCUCCCACCAAUCAGCGAUGUAGUGCUGGACAAGAUGAACCAAAACAAGUUGCCAUCUCGAGUGGUGGAUUCCAGGGUGAUUUCCAGAGGACCUGAUUUCACACCUGCUUUUGCAGAUUUUGGGAGGCAGAUGACUGGAGGACGAGGCACUGCACUCAUGAACAUGGGAGCACGACGGCCUCCACCCAGGAAGAUCAUCAUGAACGUGUCAGUUAAUGAUGACGUUCAGCUGAAAAAGUCCGAAAAUGCCUGGAAACCCGGCAUGAAGAGGGAAGGCCUUCCAGAGGACACAGAUAUACAGAAAACACAGGAGCUCUUCAGGAAAGUGAGAAGCAUCUUGAACAAACUGACACCUCAGAAAUUCAACCAGCUGAUGAAGCAGGUGACGGAUCUGACCAUCGACACAGAGGAGAGGCUCAAAGGGGUCAUCGACCUGGUCUUUGAAAAGGCCAUCGAUGAGCCCAGCUUCUCUGUGGCUUACGGAAACAUGUGCCGCUGCCUCGCCACGCUCAAAGUGCAGAUGACAGAUAAACCCAACACCUUUGUAAACUUUCGCAAACUGCUGCUAAAUCGCUGCCAGAAGGAGUUUGAGAAGGACAAGGUAGAUGAUGUGGUGUUUGAGAGGAAGCAGAAAGAGCUGGACUCUGCUGCAUCGACGACGGAGCGUGAGCGGCUUCAGGAGGAGCUGGAGGAAGCCAAGGAUAAAGCUCGACGGCGGUCCAUCGGCAACAUCAAGUUCAUUGGUGAGCUCUUCAAGCUUAAGAUGCUGACAGAGGCCAUCAUGCACGACUGCGUGGUGAAGCUGCUGAAGAACCACGAUGAAGAGUCUUUGGAAUGUUUGUGCAGGCUGCUCACCACCAUCGGCAAGGACCUCGACUUUGAAAAAGCCAAGCCUCGAAUGGAUCAAUAUUUCAAUCAAAUGGAAAAAAUUGUCAAGGAGAGGAAGACGUCAUCUAGAAUACGGUUUAUGCUGCAGGACGUUAUAGACCUCAGAUUGCACAACUGGGUGUCCCGGAGAGCCGACCAGGGCCCAAAAACUAUUGAGCAGAUCCACAAGGAGGCUAAGAUUGAAGAGCAGGAAGAGCAGCGAAAAGUGCACCAGCAGCUGCUCUCCAAGGACAGUAAGAGACGGCCAGAUCCACGAGAUCAGAGGGAGCAGCGCGUGCAGAGAGAGGAGACCUGGAACACUGUGCCCAUGACGAAGAACAGCAGGACCAUUGACCCAAACAAGAUCCCAAAGAUCUCUAAGCCUCAGAUGGAUGAGAAGAUCCAGCUGGGCCCACGGGCUCAAGUCACAUGGGUGAAGGGCAGCAGUGGAGGAGCCAAAGCCAGCGACUCGGAACUUUCUCGGACAGCUGGUCUGAACCGUUACUCCGCUCUGCAGUCCACGCCCACACCCACAACUCAACCCUCCACCACACCUCCACAGAACCCAGACUACGACUCCAGAAGAUCUCUGGGCAGCGGUCGUAGCAGCACAGUCAGAGAACGCAGCGAGAAGCCUCUGAUCUCUGCCCCAUCAUCGUCGUCGCGGCCCGGCCUGUUUAUCAGAGGAAGCAGUUCAAAAGAACUGCUAGAGAAUCAAAACCCAGAGGAGCCACGGAGAGACCGGGAGCGAGAGGGGGCCGAACCUCGGAGACCGAGCGUCACGGAAGAUAAAACUGAGCCGGAGCGGAGCAAAGUCAGAGAGCCAGUAAAACCGGAACCAGUGGUUGAGACCCUGGACAGACCUGCCCUGUCUGAGGAGGAGAUUGAGAGGAAAUCAAAGUCCAUUAUUGACGAGUUCCUGCACAUAAACGACUAUAAGGAAGCUGUCCAGUGUGUGGACGAGCUGGACCUAGGCUCUCAGCUGCACAUUUUUGUGCGUGCCGGGGUGGAGUCGACCCUGGAGCGCAGUCAGAUCACACGGGACCACAUGGGCUUGCUCUUCUUCCAGCUAGUGCAGAAGGAAAUCCUGCCCAAACCCCAGUUCUAUAAAGGGUUUGCAGACACGUUGGAGUUAGCGGACGACAUGGCCAUCGACAUUCCCCACAUCUGGCUGUACCUGGCCGAGCUGCUCAGCCCUCUGCUGAAGGAGGGGGGCUUCUCUAUGAGAGAGCUCUUUAGUGAAUUGAGCAAACCUUUGCUUCCUGUUGGAAGAGCCGGGAUCUUGAUCUCUGAAAUACUGCACAUACUAUGCAAGCAAUUGAGCCAUAGGACUGUAGGUUCUUUGUGGAGGGAAUCUGGACUCAGCUGGACCGACAUUUUACCAGAGGGAGAGGAUGUUCAGGAUUUUAUCUCACAGCAGAAACUCCAGUUCCUUCAGUCGGACAGCUCCUGUCCCGAGACAGUUCAGCCCAAAAGAAUUUUGUCUCCUGAGGAGCUGAGCCAACAGCUAGAGAGACUCCUCCUGGAGGAUAUGGCCAGUGAUGAGCAGAUCUUCGACUGGGUGGAGGCAAACCUCGAUGAGUCUCAGAUGAGCUCGUCUCCCUUCCUGAGGGCUUUGAUGACAGCUGUGUGUAAGGCAGCAGUGAAAGAUGAUAACACCAGCUGUCGAGUGGAUACGGCCAUCAUCCAGAGGAGAUUGCCUGUAUUACUCAAGUACCUUAACUCAGACACUGAGCGACAGCUGCAAGCACUUUAUGCACUUCAGGCACUGAUCGUUGCCCUCGAUCAGCCUCCAAACCUUCUCCGGAUGUUCUUUGAUUGUCUGUAUGACGAGGACGUCAUCUCUGAGGACGCUUUCUACAAGUGGGAGACAAGCAAAGACCCUGCCGAGCAGCAGGGUAAAGGUGUGGCCCUCAAAUCUGUCACGGCCUUCUUCACCUGGCUGCGGGAGGCGGAAGAGGAGUCGGAAGACAAUUGAUGAGGGAGACAUGCCGGGACUCGACAUAGUAGAACUGCAUCCUUGGCAGCAGAACAAACUUUCAAAAUGGCUGCGCAGACAGGACGACAUGUUUACGGCUGGAAUAUUUUUUUUUUCUGCGGUACAGUUCUGUAAUAUGCCGCCAUUUUGAGUUUGGAUUCCAACGGUGGAAGCACUAAAUACCUGUAUCAUACAUAGAAAAUAUUUUUGUUUUAAAUUUUAACUUACUUUUUUCUUUUGUUACUUUUUAAGAAGAGACUUAAAAGAUGCAUAGGUUCUGGACUCCUUAAUUUAUUAUUUUUUUAAGGACUGCAAAAAUGAAAGUUAUUUAACAUUUGCAGAUGCUCACAGUGAGAACAUGGCAACAGAAAUAACAAUAUAAUUAAUUAUAAUAACAAAAUAAUAAUUGUGAGAUAAAUAUCCUCCCUGGAUUUCACACUGUUUGAAAACAGUAAAAACAAAAUUAUUUUGGGAUGAAGGGGAAGUGGAGAUUUAAAAACAUACAAACAAAAAAAAAGACAAAAUAGAAAAAAAAGAGUGAAUAAACAGGAACUAUUAACGCUGUUCGAGGCCAGAGGUUAUCUUGUAAUAACCAGUGUUUCUGACAGCCUUGACUUAGCUGCGUUGAUAUGAACCUGCGCCUCAUGAGAGGUAGACAUAUGCAUCCAAGAAGCAAAUCCGAACUGUAAGGUUAACGCAGACGAACAAACAGAAAAUGAGCAUAAGGGCAACUUUUAAAAAUUAAAUGGCCAGGGUUGCUCAACAUGACAUGCUUGUAAUACUGAAGACCUACAGAGCAGAUUAAAGCUUGUAAAUACAUUAAAGACAAAAAAUGUAUUUAAAAGGU